CCAUUAACCCGAUCAACCUGCAAGUUGAAGACCGACAAAUUAGUAGUGAAAUUCGAACAAUAAGGCUAUUGAGAGUGUAAUUAAAAAACGGCAUUUUUGCGACUCAAAUUUUAAAAUUGGAGGAAAGUACAACACCACAUAACACAAAAAGCUGCGACAGAAGACGACAGACGAGGACGACGAAGACGACAGACGAGGACGACGAAGACGAAACACGUACGCUCAUCGCAGAGCCUCGCAUUCUUCCCCUUCCCUUUUCUGAUUGCUGGGUACCCAUUUUCUAAAAUCCCUCUAAUUGGUUGCUGGAUCUCAAUCUCAAGUUCUACCAUUCCUACACUGUCAUGAUGGUUUCUGGGAAAAGGGGUGUAUGAACCUAAAAACAUUGUGGGGGACUUCCCAAAAGAGCAUGAUUUGAACCAGCUAAGCCUCUCUUAGGGAGGCUGUGUGCCUGGUUGAAUGAGUUGGUGUCUGAAUUGAGAGGCAGUGGUGUUGCUGUUUUGAAAGACGAGAGAUUUAAACCCAGAAGAGCAUUAGGGGUUUGUGGGAAAAUAAGGAUGUACAAUAUUGAACAGCAGAAGGUACAACCCAGAGAAGCCUGUGGGGGAUUUAACACAAAAGAGCAUUCCUAUGUUGAACACGCCGUCACCGAGGAGGAUUGUUCUUAGGAAAAGACGAGGUCCUAGAGUGGAGUUGGCUUACUGCUUAGACAAAGCUUGCUGUCUAAUCUGUAAAAACUUGGAGCACACUGUGACUAUUUACUUGAAGAUGAUGGGAAUUAAUGCAAAUGAUCAUUUGGUGUUGCUUUGAAGUUCAUGGUGUACCUUGUUGAGCAAUAUAAGAUAGCAAUAUAUGUGUUGCUAAGAUAUGCUGACAUGGGACAUGGUACCAAGUGAAAAUGAUUCCAUGAUGGGAAAAAGAAAGUUAGAAGAACUUAUUGCCUUGGAAGGGAAGAAGAAAAAGAAGAAGAAGAAGCAAGUUGCAACACCUCGUCCUGCAUGUUCUUGGGUGUAUUUUAGCCGGGAGUUUAUUAGGGAGUAUAGUGCUUCCCAUCCUGAGUCUUCAGGCCUUAAAGCUGCCACAAAGGCUGCCUCAGAUGCUUGGAAAUCUAUGAGCCUUGAGGAGAAAGCAAAAUACACUAAGCGUUCCCGUGAAGUGUGGGAUAACUACUUGACAACAGCUCCCGCCCGUGCCCCCAAACCUAGAAAACAGACUAACCUUGUCACAAGGUGCUCUCCUGGACGGCUAUUCAAUGUCUUACAACGCCUCACACCUGAUCAAAAGGCUGCAGUGAGAAGCAUGGGAUUUGGAAGCCUCCUUGGCCUCAGAUGCAGGACCCUUCGCCGCAGUUUGUGCCUUUGGUUAUUGGAGAGGUUCAACACGGCAAGACGCAGCUUGGAGAUUUGUGGUGAGCGCAUUCCUUUAUCCCCAAAGGAUGUGGAGCUGGUGAUGGGGUUAGCAGCUAGUGGGAAGGAUGUGGUUAAUUCAGGCCCUGACGACCUAAUUGUAGAAUUACGUAAUAGUUAUAAUGCUACAAAUCAUGGGAUUUCUGUACGUCUUCUCGAGGAGCGAUUGGCGGCUCCAGAAGCAGGAGAGGAAUUUAAGAGAUCAUUUAUCCUUUAUGCAUUGGGCACUGUGUUGUGCCCUACAGCAAGACUAGAUGUUAGUCCUUCAUUCCUCCAUUUCUUGACAAAUAUGGAUACCAUCCAUCAAUACAACUGGGGAAAAUUUUUGCUUGACCGGCUAGUUCGAGAGGUAUCUCGCUUUCAUCAAGGCAAACAACGUGCAGUUGGUGGCUGUCUUUUGUUUCUCCAGCUUUUUUACUAUGAGACUGUUUCUGUGGAACGACCUGGUUCAUUGGUGCCUGGUCUUGGUCCAUGCUUGUCAUCAUGGGGAGAGGAAGAGAUUACUGAGAGAGAAAAACGAGAAAGAGAGCUUGGUGGUUAUGGUUUUGGAGAGGUGCUUUACAAGGAGAGUUGCCUAGGGACUGAAUCAUCCAGAUGCAGAGCCCAACUAGAUUGUCUGCCAUCAGGCAGAAUGGGUACUAGCUCUGAGCAUGGUCCUGCCCUUGGACAUGAGGGGAACCAGGUUGAGAGAGAUCAAAUGAAUGGAGAAAUCAUUAUGGAUGAGGCAAAUUUGCCAAUUUAUCUUGGGGAUAAGAAUGUAGUAUGUGGAGACAUUGAAGUGGUUGUGGAAUCAGUGAGAAAAGCAUGCCAGAACAAAGAAUAUGGGUGCAAAGAAACAUUGGAUUACAUGAAGAAAAGUGAACAUGAAGAGACUUGCAGCUAUGCACCAUGCACAUGCCCUCUUCUAGAGUGCGACUUUGUUGGCUCAUCUGAACAGUUGUCAUUACACUUCAGCAGUAAACAUUGGGAUUCUGGAAGGCGUUUCAGAUACAAUUGCCCUCAAGCCAUAUCCUUGGGCAUGAAUGAGCCAUUCCUUGUUCUUCAAGCAGAGGAGGAUGGUAUUCUUUUUCUUCUCAACAAGGGGAUUGAAGCAAUUGGAAAUACAAUCAUGAUAACUUGCAUUAAGCCAAGUUCAUCAAAGGAGACGUUCUUGUAUGAUUUAGUAUCAGGAAGAGGAAUCAGCUCUCUUCGACUAAAAUCAUUUACACAGAAUUUCCCGGGUCGAGUGGAGGGCUUUCCUCCAGUGGAUUUCCUUCUAAUUCCAUUUCGGUUCCUCAAUUCUUCACGGCAGCUCAAUGUAGAGGUUUGUAUAUGGAAUUCAACAGAACUUGGUGCCGAUUGCCCUGCCCUUGGCUUGGCCAUUUCAUGAGCAUUUGGGGUACAAUUUGACCAAUAAUGGAAUUCUCUUCCACAUGGAAUUCAAUAGAAGUUGGUGCAUUUCUUACCCAUUUCAUUAAGCAUCUAGUGUACAAUAGUGUUCUCUUGUAUAUGGAAUUCAUGCAUGUUUGUCCUGCUCUCUCUCCCUCUUUCUUGUACAUGAAAUUCAACAAAAUUUCUUGCAUGUUGUCCUUUUCUCUCAUUCUCCAUUUUGGAAAUAAAUGUACAUUAUGAACCAUUGCCUCCUGA